AUGAGGCUAGCACCCGCCCUCCUCCCCCUCCUGCACCUGGCCACCGCAGCGCCGACCGACCUUUCGCUCGAGCGCCGCCAGAACCUCCCGGCGGGCGACCAGAUCCAGAUCCAGACGGUGACGGUGGCGGGCAACGGCUGCCCGUCGGGCACGUUCACGAACCAGAUCAGCCUGGACCGGACGGCGGUGACGCUGGGCUUUGACCAGUUCGCGGCGGAGCUCACGCCGGCGUCGGAGCGGGAGCGGACGUGCGCGGUGGUGGUGCAGGCGCGCUACCCGGUCGGCUGCAUCACGGCCGUGGUGGAGAACACGCAGCACGGCUUCGCGGAGCUGCCCGCCGGCGUCGUCGGCACCCUGCAGGCCGCCUACGCCGUCACGCCGGGCCGCGUCGUCGGCUCCGCAGGCUCCCAGACCAGCCUCUCCGGCGCGAGCUGGGCGUUUGGCCAGCCGUGGCUCAAGACCGACAGCGUCUCCACCGCCGUGUCCACCACCGCCGCCAGUCGGGACGUGUUCAUGGUCGUCAACUUUAGGGAUUUGCUCACCACCACUGGCGGCGCGACGCUGGCUAGUCUCAGGACCGACGACAUGACCAUCGCGUUUACGGAUCAGCGCCGGUCGCCUGGACAGUGCUGA